GUUCAGUUUUUAUAGUUCGGGGUUCAGAGAAGGGUGUACGUUCGUACGUACAUACAACCUCACGGUAGAUUCGCGGAGGUUUAUUCGGGGAUAAAGGUUUAUAUCAUUGAGAGUGUAAUCCACGUAGAUAUUCGGUGCAAAAAACAAAAUACAAUAAUUUCCAGACAAAAAUCGUUUUUAAGACACAAAUAGAUACGCAGUUUCCACGCGUUGAUACGCACCAAAAAAAUACACAUACAAUAUACUCUGACUCGCGGGGUUGUGCAUGAAAAAAGAAAAAAAAAACUCCCGAAACGACAGCAGGCAUCGUUGUAAAAUUGAAGAAAAGUAAACCUCGUGCAGUUUUGAAGUUUUUAUAAAACCUACCUUAAAAGUGGCAUCCCAACUAAAAGUGGUUUUAUAAAUAAAAUAAUUCACAUAUUUAAUAUAUAUAUUAAAAAAUAACGUGCUUCACGUAAAUUCGUGAUCAUGGCGGUGCCCACGGCCGGUGUAGUGGUACCUCGAAAUUUCCGCCUGCUCGAGGAACUUGAACAGGGCCAAAAAGGCGUUGGGGAUGGCACCAUCAGUUGGGGCCUUGAAAAUGAUGAUGACAUGACGCUCACACAUUGGACCGGAAUGAUCAUCGGACCGCCAAGAACACCAUAUGAAAAUAGGAUGUACAGUUUAAAAAUCGAUUGCGGUCCAAGAUAUCCGGAUGAAGCUCCUAAUGUUAGAUUUUUAAGCAGAAUCAAUAUGAACUGUAUUAACAGUACUACUGGAGCGGUGGACAACCGGAGCGUGCCGGUACUGGCAAAAUGGCAGCGUGAAUUCACGAUCAAGACGGUAUUACAAGAGUUACGUCGUUUAAUGACGCUGAAGGAGAACAUGAAAUUAUCUCAGCCGCCGGAGGGAAGUACUUUUUAGCCCGGAAAGAUACAAAAUUCUGUUGAAAAACAGAAGGGUUCGUUGAUGAAUUUCAAAGUCGGAGAAAGGAGAGUCCAAGUGAAGGAAAUGGCAAAUCAUGCGGCGACAUUAAAGAUAGAAGAGCAACCAAAUAAAAUUUUACAAUAUCUGUCGCAUGUGAAGGGAACAACAGUUGAAAAACACUCCAGAAAGUUGAAAAGAGAAUCGAGGCGAGACGAAAGAAGAAAGGAAUAAUGAGAAAAAAGAAAAAAAAGCUUAAAUAAUAAUAAUAUUAAUAUUAUUAAUUAAUUAAUAAUAAAAAUAAUUGUAAUGAGAAAAGAAAAUGUUUUAAUUAGUUAGCAAUUUGAACUGCAUAUUUUUCUGCAUUCAGUGCCGCUAUUCCAAUACUCUUACCCAAGGGCAAACACGACGACUGCACACAAUAAUAGACACGACACAAACUCACACACGUACACAUUGCAUCAUCGAGAAAAAAAUAUUAAAAUAAAAAGUAUGGGAAUAUUGUAUUUUCAAAUUUGACGAAUUGAUGUCUUGCCCAUUUGGGGAAGAAAUUCAAAGAAAACCAUAAACGAAAGUAAGGCGAGUCACGCUAAGGUGUAAUUGAAAAAAAAAAUGUGACACAAAAUGAUAAAAAAUAUUUUUAUCGCCAGGAAAUAUAGAUAUUUUGCUUC